CCCGGCAGCUGAGCGUGUGCGCUCCGGGUUUUCCCGAGCGGCACACGGGGAUCCGGGGAAUUUUGCCACCGCGGGCGUGUUUCGGUAGUCGACGUUGCCGCCGCCGGACGGUUUCUCCUUCAGCUCCGGAGUCGCUGUCCUGUGGGCAGAUAUUAAGGCUUUAAGAGGCUUGACUCGGUAAGGCUCGCAUCCAAGGGCAUCAGUCAUUAACGCGCUGAGCUGCAUCUGCUUCUUGGCUAAGACCGGAGAAAGACAUCUUAAGCUGGAAAUCCUGCCCGCUCGCCCUGCGCUGCUGCCGGCGGGGCAGCACACGCAGCAGCAGGUUCCUGGGGGGCUCGGGGAUGCAGUGACGGGGAAACGGAGCACAAGUCUGCUGCUGCUGCUGCCAGGGGGAAAACCCGGCCGGAGAAACGAAGGAGCGAGCUAAACAGCAGCAGAAAUAGGAAGGAGGACAGUGGCGAAGAACUGAGAAUAAAUUCAGAGGAAACAGGUGGAAGGCUGGCACAAAGCUGCGAGAUAUUUUAGGCUGAAAGAUUUUUUUUUUUUUUUUUAAUUCUGAGCUGGUUUUGGAGAUCCCUGCAGUCAACCAGGCUGCUCUAGUAUAGCAGCUUUCCAACUGUGCCCUUUUCUCUCUCCCUGCCUGCUGUCUCCACCGUUGCUGCUGCUGACAGAAACGUGUUAGGAAAGCAGAAAGAGAAAAUGCCAGCCAUCCUGGUAGCCUCCAAAAUGAAAUCGGGACUACCUAAACCCGUCCACAGCGCUGCUCCGAUCCUGCACGUCCCGACGGCCAGGACCAUCCCACAACCCUGUUACCUGAAGUUUGGGAACAAGGUGGAGGUGACGAAGCCAUCGUAUUCCAGCCAGAUUCCUCUCAAGUCUCCUAACGGACAAGAAAAUGCAGGAGACGGACUCCCACCAAGGAAGAGUAGCUCGGUAGAAAAUGGAUUUGACACACAGAUUUAUACGGAUUGGGCUAAUCACUAUCUAGCAAAAUCUGGCCACAAGAGAUUGAUUAAAGAUCUACAGCAAGAUGUGACAGAUGGAGUCUUAUUAGCUGAAAUAAUCCAGGUUGUAGCAAAUGAAAAGAUUGAAGACAUCAAUGGAUGCCCAAAAAAUAGAUCGCAAAUGAUUGAAAACAUAGAUGCAUGCCUGAGUUUCUUGGCUGCUAAGGGAAUUAACAUACAGGGGCUGUCAGCAGAAGAAAUCAGGAAUGGGAAUCUAAAGGCCAUCUUGGGCCUUUUCUUCAGUUUGUCUCGAUACAAGCAACAGCAACAGCAGCCACAGAAACAGCAACCACAACACCAUCCAUCCCAGCAACCUCCCCCAGUGUCCCAGCAAACAGGACCUCCAUCUCAGUGCCAGGUCGGGCUACAGCAACAGCAGCAACAGGUGCCAGCUUCACUCCAAACUCAGUGCCAACAGCCCCAGCAAGCUGCACAACAUCAGAUAAAAGCACAACCAGAAAUGCAGUCAAGUGCAUCUCCCAGGGACUCAUCUCAAAGCAAAAUCAUCCGAUUCACUCUUGGUCAGAAAAAGUCUUCUAGGCUUCCAGGCCCUACCACGAGGGUGUCCGCUGCAGGCAGUGAGACCAAGACUCGUGGUUCUAUUAGUGCCAACAAUCGACGCAGCCAGAGCUUUAACAAUUACGACAAGUCUAAGCCUGGAAUUCUCCCCCCAACACCAACAGGUAGCAAUGAAAAAGAGCCUGCAGACAGUACCGCCUUCCAGCCCACAGGAAUGAAUGAAAAUGUAUCAUCCUCAGUUCAAAGCUGCAGCAGUACUGUUAGUUGCAAUAACUCAUCAGCCAUCCCUCAGCCCAGCUCUGCUAUUAAACCUUGGCGCAGCAAAUCCCUCAGUGCUAAGCACACAGCUACGUCUUCCAUGUUAUCCGUAAAGCAGCCAGUACCAGAGCCUCCAAAGCCACCGUCAGAGAUUAUCAAAACAACUCCCAAUGGCCAAAAAUCCAUGCUUGAAAAAUUGAAACUCUUCAAUAGCAAAGGAGGCUCCAAAGCAGGAGGGACAACGCUCGAGUGUUCAGGGUCUCGGGACAACAGUUGUGAAAGGCUAGAGACACUUCCCAGCUUUGAGGAAAGCGAGGAAAUUGAUGCCGCAAAUCAGAAUGUGAACAAUCCAGGAUCUAUGUCCAGUAGUCCCAAAAUUGCACUCAAGGGAAUUGCACAAAGAACUUUUAGCCGGGCACUGACUAAUAAGAAAAGUUCUCCCAAGGGUAAUGAGAAGGAUAAAGAGAAACAGAAAGAGAAGGAAAAGGAUAAAAGUAAAGACGUUGCAAAAAGAACAUCUAUCACUGAAAAGCUGGACAUGAAAGAGGAACCAAAAGAAGAACAGACAGCGCUAGCAACAACAGAGAUGCCAAAAAAGUCCUCAAAGAUUGCAAGCUUUAUCCCUAAAGGAGGAAAGCUGAAUAGCGCCAAGAAGGAGGCCUCUGCCCCUUCGCACAGUGGAAUACCAAAACCAGGAAUGAAAAACACCACAGGGAAAUCCUCAAGUGCCCCAGUUUCUGCAAAAGAGAGUGAGAGAAGCCGCAGCGGGAAACCUGGCUCAGGGCUCUCGCAUCAGAAGUCUCAGCUAGACAGCAGGAAUUCCAGUUCCUCUUCGAGCUUAGCCUCUUCUGAAGGAAAAGGUAUAGGAGGCCUCAACAGCAGCAACAGCAGCCAGUCUGUCAAUGGACCAGCUGCUACGACACACACGACAGGAAGCAAUACUGUGAGUGUUCAGCUACCUCAUCCCCAACAGCAAUACAGCCACCCGAACACUGCCACAGUAGCUCCGUUCAUGUACAGAUCACAGACAGACAAUGAAGGGAACGUAACAGCUGAGGCCAGCACAGGAGGGGUCGGCAUGGAUUCUGCUCUUUAUGUCAAAACUGGACAGCCUGCUCUUGAAGACCUCUCAGGAGAGGAUCCAGAAACUCGACGAUUAAGAACUGUGAAAAACAUUGCCGAUCUUCGACAGAACUUAGAGGAAACAAUGUCCAGUUUACGGGGAACCCAGGUCACUCACAGCACGUUGGAAACUACAUUUGACACCAAUGUCACUACCGAGAUAAGUGGUCGCAGCAUUCUCAGCUUGACAGGACGACCGACCCCCUUAUCGUGGAGACUGGGGCAGUCCAGCCCCCGCCUGCAGGCAGGUGAUGCUCCGUCAAUGGGAAACGGGUAUCCUCCGAGAGGGAACGCGAGCCGCUUCAUUAACACGGAGUCAGGACGUUACAUGUAUUCAGCACCUUUGCGGAGACAGCUAGCGUCCCGCGGCAGUAAUGUCUGCCAUGCGGACAUUUCAGACAAGGGAAGUGACGAAAUAGAUCUGGAAGGCAUCACCAUGGAUGCCACCGGCUAUAUGAGCGAUGGAGAUGUUCUGGGCAAGAAUAUCAGGACUGACGACAUCACAAGUGGGUACAUGACGGAUGGUGGGUUGGGCCUCUACACGCGAAGGCUAAACCGGCUGCCUGAUGGCAUGGCUGCAGUGCGGGAGACAAUGCAGCGUAACACUUCUCUGGGACUGGGAGAUGCUGACAGCUGGGAUGACAGCAGCUCUGUCAGCAGUGGGAUCAGUGACACCAUAGAUAAUCUUAGUACUGAUGACAUUAACACCAGCUCUUCUAUCAGCUCUUAUGCCAACACACCUGCCUCUUCUCGCAAAAACUUAGAUGCACAGACUGAUGCAGAAAAGCAUUCCCAGGUUGAGCGGAAUUCCUUAUGGUCGAGUGAUGAAGUCAAGAAAUCAGAUGGAGGAUCUGACAGUGGCAUAAAAAUGGAGCCAGGAUCUAAAUGGAGGAGGAAUCCCUCUGAUGUGUCUGAUGAAUCUGAUAAAAGCACUUCUGGUAGGAAGAACACUGUUAUUUCACAGACGGGUUCCUGGCGACGGGGCAUGUCAGCUCAGGUUGGCAUUACCACACCAAGGACUAAACCUUCUACCACCUCAGGCACAUUAAAGACACCUGGAACAGGGAAAACUGAUGACGCCAAGGUAUCAGAAAAGGGUAGACUAUCUCCUAAAGCUGGACAUGUUAAACGUUCCCCAUCAGAUGCAGGACGCAGCAGUGGUGAUGAAUCCAAAAAGCUUCCCACAAGUAACUCUAGAACAACUGCUGCUAAUGCUAAUACAUUUGGAUUUAAGAAACAGAGCGGGUCAGCUGUAGGCAUGACUAUAAUCACUGCCAGUGGGGCAACUAUCACCAGUAGAUCAGCUACCCUGGGAAAAAUCCCAAAGUCAUCUGGACUCAUGGGUAGGACCACUGGUCGGAAGACUAGUGUUGAUGGCUCUCAGAACCAGGAUGAUGGCUACUUAGCACUUAGUGCCCGAACUAAUCUUCAGUAUCGUAGUUUGCCCCGGCCUAGUAAAUCCAGUAGCAGAAGUGGAGCUGGGAAUAGAUCUAGUACAAGUAGCAUAGACUCCAACGUAAGCAGCAAGUCGGCUGGGUUGCCUGUCCCUAAAAUGAGAGAGCCUGCCAAGGUAAUUCUUGGAAGCUCUCUGCCAGGAUUAGUCAAUCAGACUGAUAAAGAGAAAGGGAUUUCGUCUGACAACGAAAGCGUGGCCUCAUGUAAUUCUGUUAAAGUGAACCCUGCAUCACAGACUGCUUCUAGUGGAGCUCAAAGUUCUCACCAGCAAGGAGCCAAGUACCCCGAUGUGGCCUCUCCCACUUUGCGCAGACUUUUUGGUGGAAAACCUAGUAAGCAAGUUCCCAUCACAACAGCUGAAAAUAUGAAAAAUUCAGUAGUUAUAUCCAAUCCUCAUGCUACCAUGAACCAGCAGGGUAAUCUUGAUUCACCGUCUGGCAGUGGUAUGCUAAGCAGUGGGGGCAGCAGUCCUCUGUAUGGUAAAACCACAGAUAUGAACCAAUCUCCACUAGCUUCUAGUCCCAGUUCAGCGCAUUCAGCUCCUUCCAACAGUUUAACAUGGGGUACCAACGCAAGUAGUUCUUCCGCUGUUAGCAAGGAUGGCAUUGGAUAUCAGUCUGUCAGCAGUCUUCAUACCAGCUGUGAAUCCAUUGAUAUCUCUCUGAGCAGUGGAGGUGGGCUGAGCCAUAACUCCUCCAGUGGCUUGAUUUCAGCCUCUAAAGAUGAUUCUCUGACUCCCUUUGUCCGAACCAACAGUGUUAAGACUACAUUGUCCGAAAGGUAUACUCCUUCCACCCAACUUCGUAGCCAAGAAGAAGCAAAAGAAUGGCUACGGUCACAUUCAGCAGGAGGACUUCAGGAUACUGCUGGCAAUUCUCCAUUUUCAUCUGGAUCCAGCAUAACGUCACCUUCUGGAACUAGAUUUAACUUCUCCCAGCUUGCAAGCCCAACCACUGCAGCCCAGAUGAGCCUUUCAAAUCCAACCAUGCUACGGACACACAGCCUUUCCAAUGCAGAUGGUCCUUAUGACCCCUAUAGUGACACACGCUUCAGGAACAGCUCAAUGUCCCUGGAUGAGAAAAGCAGAACAAUGAGCCGGUCUGGCUCGUUCCGUGAUGGCUUUGAAGAAGUGCAUGGUUCGUCUCUCUCUUUGGUGUCCAGUACAUCAUCUAUUUAUUCAACACCUGAAGAGAAAUGCCAGUCAGAGAUCCGCAAGCUACGAAGAGAAUUGGAUGCAUCCCAAGAAAAAGUUUCAGCUCUGACAACACAGUUGACUGCCAAUGCACACCUUGUGGCAGCAUUUGAGCAGAGUCUGGGAAACAUGACGAUCAGACUGCAGAGCCUAACCAUGACAGCUGAACAAAAGGACUCCGAACUGAAUGAGUUAAGGAAGACUAUUGAACUGCUGAAGAAGCAAAAUGCUGCUGCCCAGGCUGCCAUUAAUGGAGUCAUCAACACACCUGAGCUCAACUGCAAAGGAACUGGAGCUGCUCAACCCACAGACCUGCGGAUCCGAAGGCAGCACUCUUCGGAUAGUGUCUCUAGCAUUAACAGUGCUACCAGUCACUCCAGUGUGGGAAGCAACAUAGAGAGUGAUUCAAAGAAAAAGAAGAGGAAGAACUGGUUACGCAGCUCCUUCAAGCAAGCUUUUGGUAAAAAGAAAUCUCCCAAGUCAGCAUCUUCUCAUUCAGAUAUUGAGGAGAUGACUGAUUCUUCAUUACCUUCAUCACCAAAGUUACCGCACCAUAACUCUACUACUUCAACACCAUUGUUGAGAGCCUCCCAUUCCAAUUCUCUAAUUUCUGAAUGCACAGACAGUGAAGCUGAAACAGUCAUGCAGUUACGAAAUGAACUGAGGGACAAGGAAAUGAAGUUAACUGAUAUUCGUUUAGAAGCCCUUAGCUCUGCUCAUCAACUUGACCAGCUGCGGGAGGCGAUGAACAGAAUGCAGAGUGAGAUUGAAAAAUUAAAAGCAGAAAAUGAUCGGCUGAAAUCUGAAAACCACGGCAGCUGUAGCAGGGCUCAGUCUCAGGUUUCCAUUUCAUCCUCUCCAAGACAUUCAGUGGGUCUCUCUCAACACAGUUUGAACCUCACGGAGUCAACCAGUCUCGACAUGCUGUUAGAUGACACUGGCGAUGGCUCUGCCCGGAAAGAAGGAGGCAGGCAUGUCAAAAUAGUUGUCAACUUUCAGGACGAAAUGAAAUGGAAGGAGGAUUCAAGGCCUCGCACCUUCCUCAUAGGCUGCAUUGGAGUCAGUGGCAAGACCAAAUGGGAUGUUCUGGAUGGUGUGGUUAGGCGGUUGUUUAAGGAAUACAUCAUUCAUGUGGAUCCAGUGAGUCAGCUGGGACUGAAUUCAGACAGUGUUCUGGGCUAUAGCAUUGGAGAAAUCAAACGCACAAAUAGCGCAGAGACACCCGAGCUGUUGCCCUGUGGCUAUCUAGUUGGAGAAAACAAUACGAUUUCGGUUACCAUCAAAGGUAUCUGUGAGAACAGUUUGGACUGUCUUGUGUUUGAAUCACUGAUCCCCAAGCCUAUACUGCAGCGCUAUGUCUCUCUCUUGAUGGAACACCGACGGAUUAUCUUGUCUGGCCCUAGUGGCACUGGUAAAACAUAUCUAGCAAACCGUCUGUCUGAGUAUAUGGUCCUUAGAGAGGGCAGGGAGUUGGCCGAUGGAAUUAUUGCAACCUUCAAUGUGGACCAUAAAUCCAGCAAGGAACUCCGCCAAUACCUGUCCAACCUAGCAGACCAGUGUAAUAGUGAAAAUAAUGCUGUGGAUAUGCCUCUUGUAAUCAUUUUGGAUAAUUUGCAUCACGUUAGCUCCCUAGGAGAAAUUUUUAAUGGACUUCUAAACUGCAAGUACCACAAAUGUCCGUAUAUUAUUGGCACAAUGAACCAAGCCACCUCCUCAACACCUAAUCUUCAACUUCAUCAUAAUUUCAGAUGGGUGCUAUGUGCUAACCACACUGAGCCAGUCAAAGGCUUUCUCGGCCGUUUCCUGAGGAGAAAACUAAUUGAAACAGAGAUCAGUGGCAGGAUGAGAAAUGCAGAGCUGGUUAAAAUUAUUGAUUGGAUUCCCAAGGUCUGGCAACAUCUGAACAAGUUCUUGGAGGCUCACAGCUCCUCUGAUGUUACUAUUGGUCCACGGCUCUUCCUCUCUUGUCCAAUAGAUGUAGAUGGUUCAAGAGUUUGGUUUACUGACCUGUGGAACUACUCCAUCAUCCCGUACCUUCUGGAGGCAGUUAGAGAAGGGCUACAGUUGUAUGGGAGGAGAGCUCCCUGGGAGGAUCCUGCCAAAUGGGUAAUGGACACGUACCCCUGGGCGGCCACCCCACAGCACCAUGAGUGGCCUCCUCUGCUACAGCUGCGGCCUGAAGAUGUGGGGUUUGAUGGCUACUCCAUGUCACGGGAAGGUUCAACCAGCAAACAAGUUCCAGUGAGUGAUGCCGAAGGAGAUCCUUUGAUGAACAUGCUAAUGAGACUGCAAGAAGCAGCCAACUACUCAAGUCCCCAGAGUUACGACAGUGACUCUAACAGCAACAGCCAUCACGAUGACAUCCUUGAUUCAUCUCUGGAGUCAACAUUGUGAUCUUCAUUAGAUAGAAAUAGGUUGUUUCUAUGAUUGCUCUCCCACUCGACAAGAGUCCUGAUCACAAACUCACGAGAAGAACAUGUUCCUGGGCUGGGCUGGUAUCUCAGUAUUAGAGCUGCAAGAACAAGAAGACACUUUGAGUCAGUCUUGAACCUGGGUGCAGGCAACCCAAGCAACGUCUGUAUUGUUUUUCUUUUUACAGUGAUAAGAACUGCACUAUUCCUUUGUUUUCUUCUGUUUAGUUGCUGUAAGCUCUCAUGCCUAAGAUACUGAAGAUGUUAAAAUCAUUGUUACUAAAAGGAAAAAAAAAAAGUUAAAGGAGGGGGGAACUUCACAGCUAUGAAGCAAACAGCUUUGUGCCAUGUACUGUCCAGAGGAGAGAGGAGAGGAAAUUUUUGCCUAUGCUGCUUCUGACCAAACCACAUUUAGGUGAGGGCUGGACUUUUACCAAUCAGCUUGGCAGAUUAAGCUCAGCUUUGUAUAGUUCUGGUGCUAUAACAAUAUUGCUUGCCUUGGUAAUAAUACUCCAUAAAGGCAAAGCUGCAAAACAGGGAAGUUUGAAUAAAUAUAGUAGAAAAGAGAAGAAAAAAAAAAGAAAAGUAAAAGCGCUGCUCUCCUUGCCAGUCGGAGACCUUGGCUUUCUUUCAUUGUGUGUUUGUAAAGAUAUACAUAUAUAUAAAUAGGAGUAUAUAAAAAUAUAUAUACAGUCUGAACAAAUCAGGUUUUUUCAAACACUGUGUAACAAUCAAUCCUACUAAAAGCUGGCCAUCGGGUAGCCCUUUGUUACGCCAGGCCUGAUUCUCCUCCCACUUACAUCCAUGAUGCUCAGUUGACUUCAGUGGUGUACACGUGUUUUACACCGAUGAGAGUGAGCUUCCCUCCUCCACAGAAGUUGGUGCAAGGGCUCUGCCCCUUGAAGCCCUACAGCUUUAAAGGACCUUAGGCAAUGCACGGGUGUUCUAUCAGCCCUGUACACAGAGGUUAGCUACACCCCUGAAGGGAUUAAUCAGACUUUCAGUUUUUAAUUCUUGCCAUGAAAUAUUACAGCAGUUUUCUAAAAACCUUGGGUUUUGUUCAGCGUUUUUGUUCCGAUCAGCACAAGCAUAAACGGAUUAGUUAAAACUCAGCUCUGUGACAGUUUCAGUGCUACUCCGGUGAAAACAUUUACUUCCAUGUUUUUUCUUUUUAACUACAAAAAGAAAAAAAGUAUUUUAGCAGUAUUCCAAUCUGGAAAAAAAAGGAGGGAAGGUACUGCGUCUUUUAAGUUUACCUAGGCCAUGCUUUUGAGUUUUGGCAGAGCUGUGAACCUGGUUUUAUUUCUCCUCCUCUCCGAACGCACACACCUACACUAUCAGUGUUAAGGCUUGUACUUCUGUUGGGGAUCAAGAACACCUCACAAAGAAUUGCACUUUCCUUUCUAUGGAAGCAAGUGGUUCCAACACCAUCACCACCAAGUCAGCUGUCCCGGGCUGUACCUCAGCAAAAACAUCAGUCCUCAAUAUAGAUCAUCUGUACUAGCCUUUCCAGCUAUCUUUUGGUGCUGAAUUUUAAAGCGAUGCCUUAUUUUGUACUAAUUGUGUUGAUUAAAUUAGUGCUGUAUAUUACGAGAUUUUAUUUAAAUAAACAGGGCUAAAGUCAUCUCUUGGAAUAUCAUAAGUUGCUGUGAAUAUUGUUUGUAUGAGAUACUAGAAUCUGUUGAAAUGUGACAAAAAGGAGGGAAAUGAGAUAACUUUUCAGGUUCGUAUCAAUCCGCAGCUAAAUAAAUCACUGAAGAGCUCUUUUAUCCAUGCAGGAAA